UUGCAGCUCAAACACCAAGAUGGCGGACUGAACUGCCCGAGCUUACCGAAAAAGUUUUUUUUAAUUUACGACAUAGCAGCGAGAUAUAUUCUCAAAUGUUCACAUUUUCUAACGCCCAGGACACAAAACUUGAGUUUGGAGCGACGAAUUAUUACCUGAAGUGAAGAUUGAAGACGUGAUAGAAGAUGGACGACUACUGCUAUGCUAAGAUGGCGACGUCCGCUAAAAGAGAACAUGAAAGAGAAUUAACUUCCAGCAAAUCACCAACGGAGAUAAAGACGAAAAGUGCACAUGAAGAUGAGCGAGUUGAAGUCAUUUUGGAGGCUGUUCUAAGCUUUGAAAAGAGGGUCGAUGAGAAAUUAGCCGACUUUGUUGAAGAACGUAAACAAAGAGCCGCCAUGAUUGUUAGCUUGAAGAAGGCAGUGGAGUUCACAUCAGAGGAGAUGAAAGAAUGCAAAAGUCAAAUGAAGAAAGUGGAAGAGCAAAACAAGCGCUUGUGUAGAGAAAAUAAUGAUUUGAAAGAAGAGAUGUUGGCGAAGAGUAAGAGAUGUGCAGUGUGUGAAGAGAAGACUGGACCACAUGUCUACAUCAACGUGCAGAGGAUUGGAGACGUCGAGCAGCUGAUUGGUCUUCCUGAAAAACAUCCGCCUCAGCUGCAGGGAGGGAGCUCUACUUUGAAGCCGGACGCUUCACAGCCCCCCCACUUUAAAGAGGAAGAGGAGGAACUCUGGAUCACUCAGGAUAAAGAAUGUCUUCUAGAGCAGGAGGAGGUUGAUCUCUCCAAGUUGCCACCGCCUCUUCUCUCUGUGAAGACUGAAGAUGAUGAAGAGAAACCACAAUCCGACCACCUCUUAGCUCCACUAUCAGAUAGCGAGGCUAAAGACGAGGUUGAUGUAACUUUGAGCAGCGAUACAGACUGUGAAGGUGAUAUAAGGACUCACACUGACAACACACCCUCUGAAAGCUCUAAAAAGAAGACAUGUAAAAAUAUUUUUAACUGUUUAGUUUGUGGUAUGAGAUGUACUACAAAGAGCCGUUUGACUGAACACAUGAGAAAACACACAGGAGAAAAACCAUUCCAAUGUACAGUUUGUUGCAAAAGCUUUUCUUAUAAUGGCAGUUUGACUCACCACAUGAAAACACACACCAGAGAGAAAAAAUUUCACUGUUCAGUUUGUGAUAAAAGCUUUUUUCAAAAGAACAGUUUGACUCAACACAUGGGAACGCACACGGGAGAAAAACCAUUCAAAUGUCCAGUUUGUUGCAAAAGCUUUAUUUAUAAUGGCAGUUUGUCUCACCACAUGAGAACACACACGGGGGAAAAAACAUUCAACUGUUCAGUUUGUGGGCAAAACUUUUCUCACAAGAACAGUUUGACUCAACACAUGAGAAGACACACGGGAGAAAGACCUUUCGAUUGCUCAGUUUGUGGGCAAAACUUUCCUUACAAGAACAGCUUAAUUCAACACAUGAAAACGCAUACAGGAGAAAGACCAUUUGAUUGUUCCGUUUGCGGUAAAGGCUUUUCUGUUAAAAGCAAUUUGACUGUGCACAUGAGAACACACACAGGAGAGAAGAUAUUUACUUGUCCGGUUUGUUGUAAAAGCUUUUCUCAAAAGGGAAAUUUGACCGAUCACAUGAGAACGCACACUGGAGAAAGACCGUUAAGUUGCUCAUUUUGCAGUAAAAGCUUUUCUAACAGACACUGUUUGAGUCGACACGAAAUGAAACAUACGGAAGAAAAUCUAUUCAACUGUUCAUUUUGUGGGCGAAGCUAUACUCAAAGGAGAUAUUUGCUUGCUCACCUGAAAACACACCGUAGAAAACACAUCUAGUUGUCCUGUUUGUGGUAAAAGGUACACUCAAACAUGAUGUCUAAUUGAGUAGUUCAGUAACCACUUGGCCCUCCAACUACCAACAUAAUGACCAACAUUAAAAUGCAGUAGCUUAGUCGACCUUAAUAUUCAAGGUUUUAUUUAACAAGCAUAAUUAAUAUUUUGGCCGAUGUAACAUUACACACAAUUUGAAUGAUAACAUUGUAUUUAAAUAUGGGAAAAUAAAACAUUAAUCACCUAAUAAAGUAAAUAUUUGGUGUUCUAGUGGUACGCGUACAACAGUUUGACAAUCACUGGUCUAAUCACAUGAGAACACACAUUCAGAGAGAAACUAUUUGUUUGCUCAGUUUGUGGUAAAACAUUUUAUCGGAGAGAAGUCGUCGUUGUCUGCGCUCAGAAAGUCUGCCAUGAUUUGUUGCAGCAAUCACAGAGCACUCUUGAUGCUGCUGCUGUUGAUGGAAG